AUGACUACCGUGGAAAGCCUCAGACGCAACCAGACCGCCUUCGACUAUGUCAUCGUAGGAGGCGGCACGGCUGGCUGUGUUGUCGCGAGCCGACUAGCUGCAGUGCUCCCGAAUGCCAGCAUUUUGCUCAUCGAGGGGGGCGAGAGCGACGUCGGCAAAGACAACCUCCACGAUCUGAAGCUGCAGGUCAAUUCUUGGGGAGGCGACCAUGAUUACUGCUGGAGCUCAGUUCCUCAGCCCAAUGGCAAUGGCUUCAUUCAGCACUCUCGCGGCAAGAUCCUCGGGGGUUGUUCCAACAUCAACGGCUGCAUCUCGUUCCGACCUCUCGAGUAUGACAUUCGAAAAUGGCAGGAAGCAGGCGCUCAUGGAUGGACCUUUGACGAGAUGGUGAGGCUCGUGGACAAGCUCCGCGUCACGGUCAAUAGCAUCGAGCCCAAGUACCACAAUCCUGUCGACCUAGCCCUGGUGGAGGCGGCUCAAAAAGCCUUCGGCAUCCCCAGGACGGGCUCGUUCAACAAAGACGUUGUGCACACGGGCAAGAUUACUCCAUCAGCUGGCCACUUGGCCAUAGCCCACAAUCCUGACAAUGGCUAUCGCAGCAGUGCAAGCAUCGCCUACAUACACCCAAUUCUAAGCGGGGAGGAGAAGAGGCCCAACCUGACCAUACUCACGAGCGCCUGGGUCCAUCGCGUCAACUUUAUCGACAAUGUCGCUUCUGGGGUCAGCCUGACUCUCAAGUCAGGCCUCCCCAUCACUGUCAGGUCAGACGUCGAAACCAUCCUCUGCGCGGGAGCCUUCGAUUCGCCCCGGUUAUUGCUUCUCUCCGGCAUUGGGCCACAGGACCAGCUUGAAAGCUUCGACAUUCCUGUGGUCGCCCAUGUCCCAGGAGUGGGCGAGAACCUGAUGGAUCAUACAGAGACGGUCAUGAUGUGGGAGAUGAAGGCACCCGUUCCGCCAGAGUCGGUCAUUUACUCUGACGUGUGCUUCUUCCUACGUCGGGAGGCGCAGAACUCGCGGGGGGAUGAUGGGGACAUCAUGGACUCCAUGUUCCACGUCUUUGGAAUCGGAUUCGACGAUAACACGGCUCGCCAUGGGUAUCAUGCCCCCGAGAACGCCUACUGCCUGAUUCCGAAUCUUCCAAGGCCGCGUUCCCGAGGCCGCAUCUUCCUACAGUCAUCUGACCCCAAGGUUCGCCCGGCUAUCGAUUUUCGGUACUUGACCGACCCCGAGGACUACGACCUGAAGACGAUCCUCUUCGAGCUCCGGGCCGGUCGCAAGCUGGCUGCAACUGCCCCCUUUCGAGACCUCAUCAAGCGAGAAGUUGCACCAGGCCCGGACGUCCAGACAGAGGAGCAGCUCAUCGACUACGCCCGCAAAACUCAUGGCACAGUAUUUCACCCCUGUGGAACGGCUAAAAUGGGAGACACGAGCAAGGAUAGCAUGGCCGUCGUUGAUCCUCAGCUUCGUGUCCGUGGAGUCAAGCAGCUGCGCGUUGUGGAUGCCAGUGUCUUCCCACUCAUCCCAUCCGUCAACCCUAUGCUGACUGUCUACGCCGUUGCUGAGAAGGGCGCCGAGAUGAUCAUCAAGGAUUAUUCUUCGUUCCAUAUCAGGCCUAGAAUUUAA